CCAUUCAAACAGCCCGAGCUUCAUAGUUUGUGUGAAGCGUACACAUGUGGAUGCAAUGUUGAUUUGCCUGGACAAGCUGCAUAGCAUCUCUGGCUUUAGUUAUCGUUUAGUUUGAAACUUUGUCCUCCGUGGUUCACCAUGUCUUCUUCUUUCUUCAUAAAGAAAAAGGAAAACCCGAAGUUUUCCAAAAAAGGGACCAACUCGGCAGUGACAAAACGAAAGAGUGAUGGUGACCCAGGAGGGAACAGCAAAGGAAGAGCAAAGAAAGUCAACCCAAAAUACAACGAGGAGAUUUCUAGUGACUCAGAGACAGAAAGCCCUGCAGUUUCAAAGAAAAGACAGUCCCGUGAAGAGCCCGUAUAUGAGGAAACGCCGCAGGAGAAGAAGCUCAGAUUGGCUAAACUUUACCUUGACCAGUUAAGGGAAGAGGAGGACAAGAAAGCAGAAGAGGAGUCCUUUGAGUCUGACCUGAUCGCAGGAAGACUUCAAGAUGAAGUGCUUGAACAGAAAGGAAAGCUCCAGCGACUUAUCGCCAAAGAUCUCAUGACACCAGAUCCCUCUGAGAUUAGGCUGCUGAGGGGACACAAACUGCCCGUCACCUGUCUGGUCAUCAGCCCUGAUGACAAACACAUCUUCUCUGCGGCUAAAGACUGCUCCAUCAUUAAGUGGGAUGUUGAGAGUGGUAGGAAACUGCACACAAUAGCUGGUGGAAGAAAAGGAACAGAAGAUCGCCAUGUUGGACAUACAGCCCACGUCCUGUGCAUGGCCAUAUCAUCAGACGGAAAGUACCUGGCAACUGGAGAUAUGAACAAGCUGAUUAUGAUCUGGGAGGCUGAGACAUGUAAACACCUGUAUAAAUUCACUGGACAUAGAGGCCCUGUGUCGGGUCUCUCCUUCAGGAAGGGAACUCAUGACCUGUACAGUGCCUCUCAUGAUCGCUCAGUCAAGGUGUGGAAUGUGGAUGAGAACGCCUACGUGGAAACUCUUUUUGGGCAUCAAGAUGUCAUCACAGGACUGGACAGUCUGAGCCGAGAGCGCUGCGUGUCUGCCGGCGGGCGGGACCGCACCGUGAGGGUGUGGAAGAUAGCGGAGGAGUCUCAGCUGGUUUUCCAUGGUCACGAGGGUUCAAUUGACUGCAUCCAGCUCAUAAAUGAGGAGCACAUGAUAACAGGAGCUGAUGAUGGCUCCUUGUCUCUUUGGAGUGUCAACAAGAAGAAACCCCUGAGCACGGUGAAGCAGGCUCACGGUUGCCAUGGUGACGCUGGGUUGGAGCAACCUCAUUGGGUAGCAUCAGUAGCAGCGCUUCAGAACUCCGAUACCGUAGCCUCAGGUGCCUCUGGCUGUUCCCACAACUCGAAGGUGCAGCUGUGGAAGUGUGCCCAGGGGUUUCGGGGGCUGGAGCCGCUUUUCAGUGUGCCAGUGACAGGGUUCAUCAACAGUCUCAAGUUUUCAAGCUCUGGCCAGUUCUUGGUGGCAGGAGUUGGACAAGAGCACAGACUGGGCCGAUGGUGGAGACUAAAAGAGGCAAAGAACGGGCUCUACAUCAUUCCACUUAAAAGGAAAAGUCCUCAGCAAGAAGACGACAAGAUUGCUGACUAGUGGAUUGUACAAUAUCCCUUUUUUUGUUUGUUUUGUAAAAUAAAAUCCUUUAAUGAUUUCC